AAAGAGGAGAGAGGACUGUACCAGGACAAGGUGUUCUGCUUUGUUCAUCUCAGUGUUCAGGAGUUUCUGGCUGCUCUUCAUGUCCACCUGACCUUCAUCAACUCUGGACUCAAUCUGCUGGAAGAACAACAAACAACGUCCAUGUGGCCUAAAUUAUUUGAUAAACCAAAACUCCAAUCUCUCCACCAGUGUGCUGUGGACAAGGCCUUACAGAGUCCAAAUGGACACCUGGACUUGUUCCUCCGCUUCCUCCUGGGUCUUUCACUGCAGACCAAUCAGACUCUCCUACGAGGUCUGCUGACACAGACAGGAAGUAGCUCACAGACCAAUCAAGAAGCAGUUCAGUACAUCAAGGAGAAGCUCAGUGAGAAUCUGUCUGCAGAGAAAAGCAUCAAUCUGUUCCACUGUCUGAAUGAACUGAAUGAUCGUUCUCUACUGGAGGAGAUCCAACAGUCCCUGAGAUCAGGACGUCUCUCCAGGAGGAUUUGA